AUGAUUGACGAAUUCCUGUUCAUGAUGGGUAAAAAGUCAAUUCAACGACACCAACUCUGUGGUUGUGUUUUCCCAUCCGACUAUCGGAGUGUGGCGGCCACAUUUCACAUCCGACGGAACAUCAUUCUGUGGGUCUCGUGCACGGAGAAGCCGAAUGAUUUGAUCACGGAACCUGGUCCAGACGGGGAUGGCAGUUUGAAAACACACGAGGUCAACGGUUCCCCCAACCCGGACGCACAAUCGACCAUCGCGUAUGAUAUUGCUUCACCUGUCCAUGCAACCGGGGCGAGAGUGAAUAAGCGUCCACCACGUUUGCAGCAGCAGCAACAACAACAACAAAAUGUGCCGUCGCAUUGGACACCAACAUCUAAGUUCAGUAGUGAACCACGAGGAUCCGGUAAUUUGAAUCGGAGUACGGAAGAGAAUCACAAUCCGAACGUGGACAAAGCUGUGGACGGGCGGCGCACACCGGUUUCCAUGGGCUCCGGGACAAAGACAAACAAUUCCUGUACAACCGGAGGAGCCGGUGUUGGGAGUCAGCAAAAUUCUCCCGUCAAAAGUAAGUGUUUCAGUUUGAUUUGGGAUUCCCAAUCUCCUCGUCACAUGACGUUUCUACGGUUUUUCGAAUUUAUGUGA